GUGAAGGAGAAAGGCAGGCUAUACUUCAGUGCUGCUGUUGGAGGGACUUCUUUCUUUGCAGAAAGACUUUUUUAUGCCCUCCCACCUGCUUUUCGAAAUCCACUAACCACAAAAUUUACUCCAUCUACUUUUUUCUCUCUCCCUUCCACACUCCCUCUCUCUUUUUAGCAGCAACAUACAAGCCGGCCAUAUUAGAGAGAUGGAAAUAAAGCUUCCUUAAUGUUGUAUGUGUCUUUGAAGUACAUCUGUGCAUUUUUUUUUUUUAGCAUCUAACCAUUCCUCCCUCGUAGCCCUCGGCCCCUCAAAUCACCCUCUCCCCUAUCCCACCCGACUAACAUCUCAGUCUGAAAAUGCACAGAAAUGCCUGGCUACCUCGCCCUGCCUUCAGUCUCACGGGGCUCAGUCUCUUUUUCUCUUUGGUGCCACCAGGGAGGAGCAUGGAAGUCACAGUACCUAACACCCUCAACGUCCUCAAUGGCUCUGAUGCCCGCCUGCCCUGCACCUUCAACUCCUGCUACACCGUGAACCACAAACAGUUCUCCCUGAACUGGACUUACCAGGAGUGUAACAACUGCUCCGAGGAGAUGUUCCUCCAGUUCCGCAUGAAGAUCAUUAAUCUGAAGCUGGAGCGGUUCCGAGACCGCGUGGAGUUCUCGGGGAACCCCAGCAAGUAUGACGUGUCAGUCACCCUGAAGAAAGUACAGCUAGAGGACGAGGGCACCUACAACUGCUACAUCAUGAACCCGCCUGACCGCCACCGCGGCCACGGCAAGAUCUAUCUGCAGGUCCUCAUGGAAGAGCCCCCCGAGCGGGAUUCCACGGUGGCCGUGAUCGUGGGCGCCUCCGUCGGAGGCUUUCUGGCUGUGGUCAUCUUGGUGCUGAUGGUGGUGAAGUGCGUGAGGAGGAAAAAAGAGCAGAAACUGAGCACGGAUGACCUGAAGACUGAGGAGGAGGGCAAGACCGACGGAGAGGGCAACGCGGACGACGGCGCCAAGUAACGGCGGCGGCCCUGCGGCCCUGCGGCCCCGCCCCGUGCGCUGCCCCUCCCACCCUCGCCCCGCCCCGCCCCGCCCCGCCCCGCCUGCCCUCUCUCGGUGUGCUUCUCUCGAGCCAGGAUCCCCCGGCCCGCCUGGGGCCUCCUCCUGAGCCCCUCCCUUCCUGUCCCCUGCACCAAGAGUGACCCACCUCUCUUUGAUUUGAGAAACCUGCUGGGGUCUGGGAUGUGUGGGCCCUGGGUGGGGGUGGGGGGGAGGGAGAAGCGGGGUGAAAACUGCCAGCCCCUGAGAGGAGGCAGGAGGCCUGGGGAGGGGCGCAGAGAGAGGAGGGGGCCAGCUGUCCAGCCUGCCCAGGGCGUGGGCUGAUCUGGUGGUGGCUCCAGAGGGGGCCUGAAGGUGGGACAGGCCUCUGGGGCUGCCCCUCCAAGUGGGGGCGGGGCCCAUGGCCCGGCUCCCAGCCCGGGGCGACCUCGUCAUGAGGGUGGUGACGCCUUCCUGUAACUUGGGGGCUUGUUGAAGGGGACACCUGUGCGUUUCCUGGGUGUGGAAGGAAGGGGAGCCGGGGCUGGAGGCAGCCAGAGACAAGCCUUGACCCCGGGAUCUCUACUCCUCGCCCUUCCCCACCUCGUCUGCUUCCACAGAUGCCCCUGGGUCUCCACUGGCUGCCAAGCCUUUGGGACUUCUGGCGAGAAAAGCACCAAAGGGCUGCUGAGUGAGGCCGUGCGGCAGGGGUGGGGUCUGUCUGGCUGGUGGUCUGUUUUCACCACAGUUACCCACCAACAGGAGAUGAACUUCAAAGUCAGAGGAGAGAGAGACAAGGGGCUGGGGCCUCUGUUGUAGAAUGGAGUUCAUGGUCAACUGCCUUCUGGCCCGGGUGGUGGCUCUCACUGGGCCAGGAGCCGCCUGCCUCAGGUGGGGAGAUGAGGGCGGGGGGCGGGGGGGCACAUUGGAGGAGCUGUGCGCAGAGUGGAGGCUUCACUGGGACUCCUGCUCAAACUUUCCCGCGCUCAGCAGGGUUUCACCCGGCUUUCAGCCGGGAGGGAAGCCUCUGAGACCGUGUGGCCGUGUCACAUCUGGAGCCAUGUUACACCCUCCCCCGCCUGGACGACUGUCUCUGUGGAGAGCAGAGUAGCAUUUGUGGGGAGCCAACUUUCACUGCCAUUUUAUUCACACAGAGAGGGAAUUGCUUAAACCUCAGGAGAGGGAGAGAGACAGAGAGAAACUGCCUUGGAAGGCCCUCGGAGAUCAACUAGCCUAGUCACCCAUACUACAGACCUGGAGACUGAGGGUCACAUUCACAGAAACCAAGGGGCCUGCUUCUCCUUGGGUUUCUUCUUUUCCAGUUUGAAUCAACAGAGCUACAGUUUGUGGAAGAGAUGUGGAGAGGGAGUCAGGCUCCUCCAGCCCCACUCACCUCUUGGGAGUCCAGCCCUCGGGCUGUGACUAAGGCUGGGAUGGGGUGAUGGCAGUGGGAGGGCAGAGCUGCCGGAAUGCCCCACCCUGCCCCAAGCAGACCCUCUGCAGAGCUUCCCAAUCUUUCUCGGAGCUGCCCAGGCUGAGGGAGUCAGUGCCCAGAACCCUAGAACCGGAGUCUGGGGAAAUGGGGUGAAGACAGGACUCCAACAGUCUCUGGGACCAUUCUCUGCCUCUGCCCAGCAAAGGGGAGAGAGCAAUCGCGUAUGGACGAUUCACUUUAAUUCACUUCAACUCACCAUUCAUUUAUUGAGCAUCUCCUAUGUGCCAGGCACUGGGCCAGGUGCUGGGGAUGUACACAAAACCGUAACGGAGCUGGGAACCGCUAGGUCAGCACUAUGGGGAACCAAGGUGAUUUUUUUUUUUUUUUUUUGGUGCAUCUAAUUCCACCUCUGCAGCUACUGCUUCCAGGGCUGGGGUAGGAGAAGAAGGAAGAGAUUCCAGAAUCUGGGCCCUGGGAAGGGAAGAAAGGAAGGAAAAAGGGAAGAUACAAUAGGGAAGAGGGUGAGAGGCCAGGCAGAGUGUGCACAGAGUUGGGGAUGGGCCACAGCCUGAGAGCUCCUGAGUGGGAUGAGUCCAGCUCAUCUGAAAAUUCUAAGUCAUCAGUACCUAACUGCCAAUCAACACACUGCCAAUGUGGGGUGGGCUAAGCCCCCAGGACACCUGGGGUGGGUGGACAUUGCCCAUCCUUGAAGCCAACCAGCUGAGAUGAGAGAGGUGGGUGGUGGGCACCUUGAUCUCCAGCCAAGAUCAAGGGUGGUUGUAACAACACAUCUGCCCCUUGCAGAUUUCGCUUUUUUGGCAACUUCUUAAGUGCUCUCUUCUUCCAGGAUGAGGAAGGAUCUGUGCAGAUGCUGGGAACUCUUCUUUUUCAUAACAUUUAGGGGAAUUAUUUGCAAGAUUCCCUAAGUUUAUUCUAAGAAAUUCUACUCUCUAUAAAGGAAGCCCGAGACUUUUGGGUUCCUUCCUUUUUCUGCCCUGACUUGGAGGGUCCUAGGGAGAGUAAUGCCUCUCCAAGGGGCCUCAGACGCCCGAGCCGAUGGGGAGGGGCCAGAAACCACCUUUGUCCCAGGUGCCCAUCUUCAUAUGCUCUUUCUUCCUAAGCCUCUUAAGAGUCUCUUCCAGAGGCCUCAUGGAGCUACCUCCCCUAAGGCGAUGAGGUUGGGAACAAAAUGGGGCUUCUGCGAGUAGAGGUGGGAGACCGGUGAGAUGUCCUCUCGGCACCCUGCUUUCUAGAGUGGACCUCCUCCUGCACCGUGGGGCUCAAGCCCUGCUUCCGGCUGCACAUUCCCAUCACUGCACUCUGCUGGUUUUCUCAACUGCUCCUGCCUCUCCUGCUCUCUCGGAACCCCCUAUCUGUCUCUUUCUCCUAAUUAAGUGUCCCUGUAAAGAGAGGUGGGCUGGCCAACCCAUGGAAUUUAGCUUAUGAAGAACAAAGCACACUUUUUCAGGACUGAAAUGCCUUGAGGUGCCUUGGAACUGGCUUUGGAAAUAGCUAUCUGCCCCCUGGCUCUGGGCUAAUCACACUUUAUUCUCGAUUUAUAAAAAGGAGAAGCUGGAUCCGUAUUUCUCCUUGUGACUCUCCUUGGUGAGGCCGGGCUGGUAAGUAUUUGCAAGGUCAGGUUAAGCAGAUGGACAAAUGAAAGUGCUGGCUAGGUCCAAAAAAGAUAGUCCCAGGCCAUAGGAAUGGCUUAAUGCAAUUGGAACGGGUGAUGAAUCAAGAGAUUUUUCUUCCUAUCUGCGUCUUAAGGAUAGACAGCCUGUGUCUUUUGCUGUGCCUCUUGCUGAUGUUGUCCUUUAUUGAAGCUUGCCGAUGCGUUUGUACAUAGUCUAUAUAUAGGUAGAGAUAUAUUAUAUAUACAAAUAUAGGACAUCUCACUACAUCCACCCCCAAAGUUACACUGGGUGGGGGAGAAACAAUCAUUUCUUAAUAUUUUGAGUUGAUUCAUCAAAGGCAAAUUAUGGAAUGUUCUCAUGGCUGUUUGUGCACUUGGAGGGGAAAACACAGCUACUCAUGCAUUUUCUAGGACUGAUGUGCUAUGUGGUGAUGGAAGAGGUGGUGGGGAGAGAAACUCAGGUGGUCCUCUGUGACCCAACCGCUGUGAGGCGUCUGCUUUUGGGAGCAGACUGAGUUUCUUCCACAGCGUGUCUCCUUGCUUGGAUGUAUUGGCUGCAAUAAACUGACGGUCUCCCCUGAA